AUGACCCAAGCAAGCACCACAGCUCUCGCCGCCGCCAUGAUGGGGGCCGGCUACCUUUGCGCUCUCUGCGCGACACCACCGAACCCAUCUCCAGACCGCAAAGGCAGACACCAAACAGACCGAAUCAGCUUCAUCGCAGGCUCGGGGGCCACUAUUGUCCGUCGCAUCGCCGUCACAGCCAUUACAUACCAUGCCCUCCUUACCGCGCUGCCAGUCUACGCACCCGAACGGAUAACCCAGAUGUGCCCGCGCCCGCAGAAUCUCAAUCCCGAUUUGUUCUCAUGGAGCGUGUUCGCGGUCGCGGGCAUUCUGCUGAUUUGCCUCGGUGCCUUCAUCCGCCUCUCAGCAUACGGGAGACUCAGUCGCAACUUCACCUUUCACCUCGCGGCGCCUGAUCAGCUUGUCACGUCGGGUAUCUACAGCUGGAUGCAACACCCGAGCUACACGGGGCUGGCGUUGAUUGGGCUUGGCUCUGCGUCGCUGUUUCUCCGCUGGGAUGCGGUUCCUGCGUGCUGGAUUUCAGAGACCACGCUGGCUCGGUGGUCGGGGUGGGGUCCGGGCGUGCUUGCGGGCCACAUUGUGGUUGCGCUGUUUGUGCUGUUCAUGCGGGUGAAGGAUGAGGAGGAGAUGCUGAGACAGAAGUUUGGGAAGGAGUGGGAGCAAUGGCAUCGGUCGACGAAACGGUUCAUUCCUGCAAUUUUGUAA